AUGAGCAUCCCUCACAAUGGCAGCCUCCAGAAAGACACCUUCUUCCUGACAGGCUUCCAAGGUCUGGAGAAUCUUCAUGGCUGGAUCUCUAUACCCUUCUGCUCCAUCUACUUGACAGUUAUUUUGGGAAACCUUACCAUCCUUCAUGUCAUCCGUACAGAUGCCAGCCUUCACGAACCCAUGUACUAUUUCUUGGGCAUGCUGGCCAUCACAGACUUGGGCCUUUGCCUUUCUACACUGCCCACUGUGCUGGGCAUCUUCUGGUUUGAUGCCAGAGAGAUUGGCAUCCCUGCCUGCUUUACUCAGCUCUUCUUUAUCCACACAUUGUCUCUAGUAGAAUCAUCAGUUCUACUGUCCAUGUCCAUUGACCGUUAUGUGGCCAUUUGUAACCCACUGCGCUACUCCACCAUCCUGACACCUGCUCGGAUUGUCAAGAUGGGGCUGAGCUCCUUGCUCAGAAGUGCCCUCCUCAUCCUCCCCUUACCUUUCCUCCUUAAACGUUUCCAGUACUGCCGCUCCCAUGUGCUAGCUCACGCCUAUUGUUUACACUUGGAGAUUAUGAAGCUGGCCUGCUCCAGCAUCAUUGUGAAUCACAUCUAUGGGCUCUUUGUUGUGGCUUGCACUGUGGGUGUGGACUCCCUCCUCAUCUUCCUGUCCUAUGCUCUCAUCCUGCGCACCGUGCUGAGCAUCGCCUCCCGCCAGGAGAGACUCCGGGCCCUCAACACCUGCGUCUCUCAUAUCUGUGCUGUGCUACUCUUCUACAUCCCCAUGAUCGGCUUGUCACUUGUACACCGCUUUGGUGAACAUCUGCCCCGCAUUGUACACCUCCUGAUGUCUUACGUAUAUCUGCUGGUACCACCCCUCAUGAACCCCAUUGUCUAUAGUAUCAAGACCAAGCAAAUCCGUCUCCGCAUUGUAAAGAAGUUUGAGUUUCUAAAAUCAUUUAGGUGA